AUGGAAACAACUCUUAGAAUUGGUGUACUCUCAGCUAGAGAGUUAGCAGCAGCAGAUGGUUUUUCUGAUCCAUAUGCUGUUAUCCGUAUUGCGAACAAAAAAUAUGCAACUGCUGUAAUCAAAAAAAAUUUAAAUCCAAUUUGGAAUACAACCUUUGAUAUUAAACUAGUUGAAAAUGUAAUUCCACCUCACAUUACUAUAACAGUAUGGGACAAAGAUCGGUUUGGCCGAGAUUUCCUAGGCGAAGUGACAAUUCCAAUAAGACAAAUAUUUGCAAGAAACGCUGGUGGUUUAAAUGAUGGUCUACCUAGAUCUUUUGAUGAUCCCAAAAAUAUGCCUUGUGCUUAUACUUUACAAAAACGAAAUGCGAAGCAAGAUGUUAGAGGUGAUAUCAUACUAAAAUUUGGUAUCGUUGAUGGUCAUAAUCGAUCAUUAGAAGAGUUGAGGUGUCUUUGGGAGAGCUUGACUAAUAAUAGUUAA